AUGGCCUGCGCGGCGGCGCUCUUCAACAGCUACAGCUUCGUGGCUCCGCGACAGGCAAGCAUCCCGGCAGCUGCCAUCACUGCGGCUGUCGCUCCGGCAGCAGCCCAAGCUGCCGUGGACAUGCCGGAGAUCGACAUGGGCUCCAGUCUGAACCUCUCCGCCACUGUCGAAGCCCUCAUGCUCGGCAUCGUCAUGGGCACCGUCCCCAUCACGGUUUUCGGCCUUUUCGUCUCCGUCCAUCGUUGCGCCGCCAUCUUCCCUCGUGUGAAGCUCAGUCGACCAUGGCCAUGGGCCUCCUCCGCGGGAGCGGACAGCGCCCGCGUGUCUGCUUUUGAUGCUCAGGCUGCUGCAUCCGCAACGUGGCAGCGACAGGAGGCAUUGAGCCCAGCGCUAUGCCUGCAAGCGAUGCAAACUGACCGCGGCAGUAACCCAGAUCUUGUUCAGGAGGAGCUCCUCUGGCGGCUGAUCCCUGACGGCGCUGUCAGGAAAAGGGGCCUUCUGCAGGCGGAGGCCGAGCCGGAAACGGAGCAGGUGCCCGAAGAUUCGCUCGAGGCGGAGGCGGCGGAAGGGCCGGCGCUGAGCACUGCGGAGACUCUGGAGGAGGCCCAGGCCGAGGCCGAGGCGCCGGCAGUUCACGCGGCCGAGACCCUCCUCCUGGCCACGGUGGGCUUGGCCGAGCUGUGCCGUGGCUUCAACUUGCGAGACCUCCCAGCUCUCGCGAAGCUCGGGGACCGGCUGACGGCUCUCCAGGUGCCCGGAAGCGAGCUGCUCCGAGCUGGCGUGGCUUUCUCGGAUCUGGGCGUGCUACACCCGCCCAUCUUUCAGAGCAUGGCCAAGGCGUUGCUCAGCGAAUGGCCGGAUCCCUUCUCAGCCUCCGAUGCCGCGCAGCUGGCCCGAGUCUUCGCUGUGCAGAGGUUCCGCCAGGAGGAGAUCUUCGCCCGAAUCGCCGUCUGCCUCCGUGGAGGCGAGGCUUCCAUGUCACCGGAGGAAGCUCUCAGCCUGCUGCAUUCCCAUGCGUUUCUGCGCUUUUGGCCCUCCGAACACAGCGAGAUGAGCGAGGAGAAGAUGGCUGGUGCCCUCCAUCCCACGGUUGCUCAUAUCUUAUCUUGGCUUGAGGAGCUCUGGGGCGCUCUGGAGCUGCAAGCCCUGUCAUCCGAUUCCCCGCGCCCGGAGCUUUUGUUGAAGCUGUGCCAGAUCCUCUUCCUCGCUCGACGAGACGAGGCCAACCUGCCAAAGGUCCUGUCACUGCUGGAAAAAGCUUCUGCCCAACUCCUCCAGCGCUCUCCAUGGAGACCUUCGCUUCGGCGGCGUGUGCUACUCCUCCGGAGUGCCCUGAGGUACUUACACCGCGAGGCCUACACCCAGCUGCCCAAAGCCGUGCAGCUGAUGUUCCGAAAAGCGCAUCGUAUGGAGCCUGAAGCGCCAUCCAAGCAUGUGGUUCUCUUUGUCCGGAAGCUCAGCGAAGCUUUGACAAAGUUGAAGAUUGGCCAUGUGGCCCAGGCAGUUCGCGGUCCUUUCACCUUCGACAUCGUGGAGCGCGAUCGCAAGAUCAUCUACGAGUGCAAUCAUUUCGAUCGGUUCUACAUGUCCUCGACGGAGAAGAUUGCAGCCAUGUGCUUGCAGGAGCGCAUUGCGAAAGCCAUGGGCUACCGAGUGAUUCAGGUGCCGCACUGGCACUGGAACAAGAUCAAGCACAGGCGUCAGCGGAUCGAGUACAUCCGCAUGUCCAGGUACUACGCUCUGAAGGACCUCCGGGAACUGGCUCCCCGCGAUGCCCCCGUGCGUGACCUGGCCGAGAACGAGUUGGACUACUUGGGUGAGUACUUCUUUAAGAAGGACAGGCCAUCGUCACCUUGGUCCUGGUUUCAGCCACGUUACGAUGCCAGCAAGCGCAUACCGGCCACAACUGGAACGCUGUAG